GUGCUUGAGUAAGAAAAAAAGAACACAAAAAGACCAAUAACAAGACAAAAUCCUACCCAUGUUGACCAACAUAUCACACUAACGCCUUUCACGAUCUUGAUGAAAGUGUGUUGCUCCUAUUUUGUGGCCUUCCCUGCUUGUUCUUAUCAUCAUGACUUCGGCUCAACUGUAGCUUUUAAUGGCACCACCCAAUGAGACCUUAACACGCCCCCAGCGGUUGAUCGCGGGCGUGUUUCUAUUGCUCGUGGUGGAUGUGAUCUGGGUGUUGUCUUCCGAAUUCACCGGCUACAUCUUUCACGACCUCCAUUAUGACAAGCCUUUCUUUAGCACCUAUUUCAAGACCUCUUUGUUCAUGGUCUAUUUAACCGGUUUCCUGUUUCAUGGCACGUGGCGAAAUCAGUGUUUCCGAGAACUGAACGCUUUACCGGCGUCUGCGACGACAAACGCCAAUGGGCGCUCAGCUCGACGGGGCAUGCGCUAUCAAAGGGUGAAUGACCUCUCAGAAUGCGAUGAAAGUCGAGACGAAUCGGCCGAUGAUGAGACAGAGCCAGUGCUCUCGCGGUUCUUGGGCAGUCCCACUUAUGUGCCGGCUAAUAUUCCCUCGGAGAGCGGGAAAAGUUCGGGAACCGAGAGUGAGAAUGAAGUGGUCGUGACGGGGAGUCAGUCCAGGCGGGUUCGGUUCAAGGACAUGGCUCAAGUCGUGGAGAUGAGUCCGGGGGAUGCUCUGUAUGCGAAUUUAGCGCGAUUAUCUUAUUCGGCCAGCAUCCGGGCCCGAGCCGCUUUAGAGCGAGCGGCCUCAAAAUUGACCAUACGGGAAGUGAUCCACGUGGCCAUGAUGUUUUGUCUGCCUUGGUUCAUGGGAAAUUACUGUUAUCAAGCCGCCUUGUCCAACACAGAUGCGUCCAUCGUCAAUGUGCUCUCCUCGAGCUCGUGUCUGUUCACGCUUUUACUAUCGGCGGCUUUUCCCUCGGAAGCAUCGGACCGACUCACGCUGUCCAAGUUAUGCGCUGUUUGCUUCAGUAUGGUGGGUGUGAUCUUUGUCAGUUAUUCGGACUUACGACUGGAGGGUGGCAUUCCCAUCGGGGCCAUGUGGACAUUACUGGGCUCCCUCUUCUACUCGUUGUACAUCGUAUUGCUUCGGAGAAAAGUCAAUCACGAGGAUAACAUGGACAGUCCCAUGUUCUUUGGUUUUGUGGGUCUGUUCAAUGCCGCUCUACUUUGGCCGGGUCUUUUGGCUCUCCAUCUGGUGAAAUGGGAGGCCCUUGAGGCUCCCUCCGCCACCCAAAUGCAAUUUCUAGUCAUCAACGGCCUAGUGGGUACGGUGUUUUCCGAGCUCAUGUGGCUUUGGGGAUGUUUCUACACGUCCAGUCUCGUGGCUACCCUGGCCAUUAGUCUGACCAUCCCGUUGAGUGUGAUGGCAGAUGCCUUUUGGAAGAAGAAGAGCUAUUCGCCGAUUUUCUUCGUGGGCGCCAUCCCCAUGUUCAUAUCGUUUUUCAUUGUGGGGAUGCUGACCCAUUACCAAGAUUGGGAUCCCGUGUGGGACGGCUGUCAUGCGUGUUGGAAGCGCAUUCGGGGAGUGUGGAAUCCCAGCUCGAGAAAUACAUACGUGUUCGAUCGAAAUGAGCGCGAGUCGCUGAUCAAUCCAGAGGUCGCCACCAGUCCCGAUGAUGGCGUCUGAUAUAGGGCCCGAAUCCUUGCAGCCAAGAAAAAAUGAUGAAGAGGCUAGAUGUCUGGAACGGGUCCUUGAAAUGGGUCAAGUUUGUUUGUCAAAUAUACAUAACCAUACACAGAUACGUAUACGUACGAGCGUAUGAGAACUAAGAUGUGAA